AUGAACCGCUACCUCUCGUCCCUUUUCGUGCUCGAUGACGUGGAUCAGAUCACUGUGACUCUGUGGGGCGACGAGGAUCCGAUCGGUGAGAAGAAGAUCGGUAACGACCCAUUUUCCCUUUGCUUCCGAUCGGAAAUGACUGAAAUUCCCCGUUUCAGACUGGGGACAACUCGUCGACACGCGCGAUUUCAACGCGAUUCCGUUCUGCGAAACGCCCGAUUACAUUCCGAUUAUGGACGAUAUGCGCGAGCGAACUUUCAAGGAAUUGGUACAAUUUCUAUCUUUCCCACACUUUUACCACUAAUAUUUGCAGAUAGACAUCUCGGAGCUGCGAAGUGCCAUGUGCCGGGCGCUCGGAGCCGUGGGCCGAGUGACGAACGAAAACAUGGAGCCCCGAUUGGCGCGGCUCCAACUGAAAAUGACGGUGAUCGAGUACAGGGAGCAUCUGGAGCACUGCCGCAAAGAAUAUCCGUCCUUUUUCAUUCCGUCGAAACUGGCCCAAUCACCGGCGCCGCAGCACCUCAACCAAUGGGUCCACUCGGGCGGUCCCCAGAUGAUCCUCGAGUAUUUGGAGGCCGCCGUCAAAUUGGUCGAAAUUCUCGACAAAGGGGAACAUCCGGACAUUGAGCUGGUUGGGACCAGGACCGAGAUGGCCACCAAGUUGAUAAGUUAGUGAAUAGAGAGCUGGCGCCAGCUUGUUUUCUCGGCAAUUUUGCUAGUUUGUCCCAAUAUUUUGCUUGCAGAACUGAUAGAAGUGCAGCCGAAGCGGUCGGAAGGCGAGAAGCUGUCCCAUUUCUGGAUUGUGGACCCGAUAAUCCGGUCGUCGCGGGCCGUCCAGACUAUUGCCGCCAUCCAAGUGGUCCUGCGGCUCAUCGAGAAAAUUAUGCUGAAAUUGGCGAAGAACGUGCCGACGACAGUGCCCGACACGUUCGCGAAAGGAAAGGGAAAGAAGGAGAAGAAGGCCGCCGAGGAGGUACUGUUCUUGAAAAAGCUUUUAAUGUUUCCAUAUAAACGAGUAUUGUAGGCGACGGAAAAGGCGCUGAAAGAGUGCAAAGCGGUGAUUUUCCUGGAGCACAUCCGGGCGAUGCACGUGGAACUCCGUUACGCCGGCAACUUCCUCUGCUCGCACUGGGGACAAAUGAUGGCCAUCGAAGACGAGAACGUGCCUUCGAAAGUCGGCGAAGAUCUGGGAAAGGUACGCGAAACAAUUUAAAUGUUUUUGUGUCCGCCUGCACUGGGUGCCAUGAGCCAGGAAAGAUAAAAGUUACCCGUUCGAUGCAAAACUUCCUUUGGCACCACGAGACGGGACCAACCCCGUCCCAAGCCGUUCGGAUACGUGUCCUUUAAAGAGAAAGUGAGCGAUCUGAAAUGUAUUUCAAUUUUGCAGGCGCAACUGGUGCUCGAAGAAGUGCGCUCGUCGGUGGAAUCGCGCAUCCAACGCUCGUACCUGAACGCCUUCGAAGACAUGCAAACGACGGUCCGAUCGAGAUUCUAG